AAUAUUCGCCUAACAGAGGACAAGUAAUGACAGGUCUAGGAGAUAAUUGGCACGAUAAAAACGUUUUUUAUGGCCUCCGUGAUAGAAAUCGUCAUAUCGUCGUCAGGCUCAAGUGCAGACUAGUUCACGUGUGGCAUCAAGCAGCCAGCCUCACCUCAGAUUGCACAGUCACUCACUAAAAAGCAUAAAUUGGAGAGAGCAACAGCACUAUCAAUUGGUAAAACUAUUGUACUAAAACAAAGGAGGGCCGCCAAACCCACAAUCAGAAUAAGUGGUGGUUCGCGCAUGCUGCCGAGAAGAAGGCGGAAAAACCCGACCUCCAAUUACAUCAUACCAAGGGUACUUUAGCAACACGCAUAAUUAAAAUGCCGACAGGAAGCCAAACAGUGGAGCGGGUCAGUGCAUCGAAAGCGCUUUGUGUUGACUUUUCUGACAAGCGGCAGAAAUAUUUGGCUUUGAGGAUGUUGCUGAACGUCACCGACCAAACGGAGGACAACUUCUCCUGCUACAGCGCUUCAGUCGAAGGUUACCGCUACUUUGCCGUGUUGUGGGGAUGCGUCGUUACCAUCACUGGCACGGUUGGGAACCUGAUGACCAUUUUCGCUUUUGCUUUGGACUCACAACUGAGGACCCGCUUCAACGUGCUCAUCGUCAACCUGGCUAUCGCUGAUCUUCUCUACUGCACCAUACUGCAGCCCAUCUCGGUCGAUUCCUACCUGCAUCUCAGAUGGCGCAGCGGCGCGCUCUGGUGCAGGACCUUCGGCCUGCUUCUAUUCCUGUCCAACUCGGUCUCUAUUAUCACCCUCUGCCUGGUGGCAAUGAGUCGCUACCUCCUGGUUGCAAAAAGGGCCUUGUUUGACCGUGUUUUUUCAAACUGGGGUCUGGUUUCCCUCCUGCUGUCGACGUGGGCGCUCGGCAUGGCCAGCUUCGGCCCACUUUGGUCUGUUUUUGUGUUUGUGCCUCAAGUGUGCACAUGCAGCUUCCAUCGAACCAGGGGCCGCCCCUACACCACCAUCCUGCUCUUUUUCUACUUCUUCGUGGGACUGGCCUGCGUCGGCACGUUCUACCUCCUCAUUUACCGGCGCGUCCGGGUUGCGUCAAAAGCCCUGGUCCGCUACAGGUUCAGCCGGCGGUCUUCCAAGAGGAAGCCAGCCCUGACGGCACCAGUCACUGAUGACAUUAGUGUGGAGAGUGGGGUGGCCACUGCGAGUAGUGAGCUGAGCUCCCAGUGCAAAUCCGCACAGAGUAAGGAGGACAUCAACAGUGACAGUGCCUCUCCAAAAACACACGCCGAGCCAACAAAUCAAUUGGGAGAAUGCAAAACGAAGCCUGACAUUGUCAGUAAGCCACAGUCAAGUGCACCUGCGCCCGCUUCUGCGGCAUCCCACACAACCACCUCAGGAGACGAUACAGAAUUUAAGCGUGUGACACGCAUGUGUUUUGCGGUUUUCCUGUGUUUUGUAUUUUGCUUUGUCCCCUUCCUGAUACUCAACAUUGUCGAUAAGCAAGGUCGUGCCCCGCAGGUGUUGCACAUGUUCUGUGCAAACCUCACCUGGCUCAACAGCUGCAUCAACCCAGUUCUCUACGCUGUCAUGAACAGACAAUUUCGAAAGGCCUACCAACUGCUGCUCACCAGGGCGGUGAAACCCUUGACAUGCCUCUGGAUGAAGAGCGCCUAAAUACCCUCAACGUAAAACCUUACUAAAUGCUGAAACAGAUUCAAUUAACAUUUUCUUUGCAUACUGUAAAGCAGGGGUCACGAACAUAGUGCCUGUGGGCAUCAUGUAGCCCCCCAAGUACCACAUGAGUA